UUCUUAUAAUUUGAGUUUUGCUAGCUCACUCUAUUAUCUUCUUUCUUUCAUUUUCAAAACAGAUAAUGGAAUCCAACAAGAAUGAAGUAUUGGUGUCUGAACCGGACUCAAACCCAGAAAUGGUAAGCAAAGCAGUUGUGGAUACACUUUACAAAGCAUUGGCACGUGGUGAAACCAGCACUGUGGUCAAACUGCUUACAAGUGACCUGGAAUGGUGGUUCCACGGCCCUCCACGGUGCCACCACAUGAUGCGGAUGCUCACCGGGGAGUCGAACCACACCGAAUUCAGGUUCGAGCCGAGGAGCGUGGAGGUGGUCGGUGAUUGCGUGAUUGCAGAGGGUUGGGAAGGAGCACAAGUGUAUUGGGUACAUGUAUGGACGUUGAAAGACGGUUUGAUUACACAGUUUAGGGAGUAUUUUAAUACAUGGUUGACUGUGAGGGACGUGAAGCCACCACCGGGGUGGGAUAUGGGCCACGGCUGCCACACUGUGUGGCAGAGCCAGCCCAGGGACUUGGCACGACGCUCAUUGCCUGGCCUUUUGCUCACAAUAUAGAGAUGUGAAGCCACUUAAUCAUGGCUUGUGAGUGCGACAUUACAUGAAAAUGGUCAAAUAUGGAAUUGCAUUAAGCAUGUCUAAUAUGAAUUGUAUUAUGUAAACCAUGUUUUGCAUGUGGGCAAGCUCUCAAAAAACCAGGGCACGGCUUCGUUAUGUAUCUUUGCUUAAUGGUACUCUUUUAAGGAAAAUGGUAAAGUACACAAUGGUUCCUCGA